AUGGCGUCAAUUCGGAACUUUGGUUGGACUCGCUGGAAUCAGAGUCAUUCUUCCAUUGGGGCCCACGGGGAGAAUAAGCUUUUGCGUUAUGCGGGCACGUUGGUGAAGCGAGAAUCAUUGGGCGAGGAGGUGACCAACGAUCUACAUGGUCAUAUUCAAAAUCGCUAUGCUACAACUGGCACGGCCAUGGUGGAUGGGCUAGACAUGCAACGCGACUAA